UAUACACGCGAAGAAACACUUCCGGAUCAUCCUGUUGUAAAGUGUAUCCUAUUCCCACAACACACACGGAACUUGCAUCUACAGCAGCACAGCACACUCCUUAAACCCAGUAGAAUCUCUUCUAAAUAAGGAACAUAACAUGUAGGUCAUAAGUUUUGAGUCACAGUCGGUGCACUUUACAUAGCGCUAAGAAAUUGUUAUCUAUUAUUGGGCAAUAUUUCUGAAUGAUUUGGAAUCAACAUGUCGACCAAUGCUGCCGGUGACGGGACCAUACAAACUCUUAAGAUUGUCGUAGUUGGGGGUGGCGGUGUUGGUAAAAGUGCCAUCACGAUACAGUUUAUUCAGUCAUGUUUUGUCGCAGAGUACGACCCCACAAUUGAAGAUUCUUACACAAAGCAAUGUGUUAUUGAUAACAUUGUCGCAAAGUUAGACAUUUUGGAUACAGCAGGCCAAGAUGAGUUUAAUGCAAUGAGAGAACAGUACAUGAGGACUGGCGAUGGAUUCCUUCUUGUGUACAGUCUUACCAAUAGAACAAGUUUUGAGGAAAUAAUCAAGUUUCACAAGCAGAUUCUGCGGGUCAAAGAUCGGGAUGAGUAUCCCAUGAUCCUUGUGGCUAACAAGGCAGAUUUGAAUGACCAACGAGCGGUGUCGUCAUCAGAAGCACAGGAACUAGGCAAGCAGCUCAAGGUAGAGGUGAUUGAAGCAAGUGCCAAGACAAGAAUGAAUGUGGACCAAUCUUUCCAUCAACUUGUUAGAACAAUACGAAAAUUUCAAGCAGAGGAGAACCCACCUAUGCUGCAACGACCAAGCAAGAGUAGCAGUGAUAAGCAAUCAUGCUGUGCACUAUUGUAAAGCCAUCCUUCCAUAAAUGUCUACUUAGUUUGUGGCAAUAAUUGAGUCAGGUAAGGAUGCUGUGUAAUGAUAGUGCUACAUGUUUUUGACAGACUUUGGUUGUUUGGGAGUCAGGGAUCAACUUUAAUUAAUACUCUGUAUCAAGAGCUUAUUAGACUUGAGUUUUGAUCAUAAGCUGUAUUAACUCAGCAGCAAAACCACUUCCAAUCCAGUGACUUUCAUAAAUGCCAUCAAGUGUGUACAUGUAUACACAAUGAUAAUCAAAAUAAUAAUAGUGGCUUCUUACAUGUAUAUUGUGCGCAUAUUCGUCACUCAAUGGCGCUCAAUGCUCUUUUUAACAUACAGUAUUUUCCUGCAAGAAAUGUGGGACUACAUUUGAAAAGAGAUCUACUCCUUUUACAUAGCACCAUGUCAUGGUUGAUAUGGUGCUGUCGCACAAUAUGCUGCCAAUCAAACCAGGAACACUGGGGCGAACCCCUUCUCUUUUCAAAAAGUGCACUGGGUUCUUUUACAUGCAUUACACAACAAACAGGACCAGAAGGUUAACGUCCCAUCCGAAGGUUGAAGCAUUCUGGUUAGGUGUUUUGGUUAUUGACACAGUUGACAUGACUGGGACUCGAAAUGCAAACUCUGCUGAUCAGAAACACCAGAGUUUGAAUCCAAUGCUAUUAACGGCUAGGCCGUCGUGAUACCUCAUUGAUACACACCAAUUUUUCCAAACUGGCUCACGGCGAAUGUCUAAAAUAUUCUGGAAGUCCAUAAGAUGAUCAUUGAAUACUGACUUACAAAAGGUUAAAGGGCAGGUACAUAGUUUCUGGAAUGAUACAUUUAUUUCAAGGGUAUGGUUUCCAUGAAACAUCAGAAAAGUACAUGUUUAAAGUUUAUUAGGGUUAAGGUGUUUCUUUGUAUAAAACAUUGCACUAUGUUUAAAAGUUUAGUUAUUGAUAACACAUAUUACUGUAUUGUAGCAAUUACUGCCCAUGAUUCAGUAUCUUAGAUGAAGAAAAAAAAUUUGUUGACGUCCCAUUUCUCAACACUAAAUGUGUACCUUCCUCUAAAAAUACAACAUUUAAGAAGAAAGAAGGCAAGGGUGAGUGCAACAAGAUAUCUGACCUCCCAAUGGUUUGACCAACAAUGAAAACGCACAUCUUUGUACGCACAGUGCACAGGAUUGUCAAAUAAGCAACCUUCUUUUGUCCUGCUCAAAUGAUGUCAUGUGUAUUGGUUUAUACUAAACUUGGGCGAUAUUGCAUUUAUUUUCCCACGAUAUAUCGUCAAAAAAGUAUCGCGAUAUUCAAUUAUAUCGCGAUUUAUAUUUUAGACAAAAAAUUAUAACAUCUUACGAUGCCCAAUUUCAAUACUUUGUAUGGUUUACAAAUCGGGGUAUGGCUUUGUGGGGUGUACUGUCUACCCAUGGUGUUGAACAUGGGCGUUUCAGUUACACCAUAUAUUUUGUUAAACAGCCCUUCGUGGUUGCAAGACGUCUCAAUUAGGGAAGACAUCAAGAUACUUCAUCAAAACCACGAUUUGCCGAUAAUUCGAUUAACAAGAAAUCAAGAUGAUAUGAUAUCGUCUAAGAAAUGGUAUCGCUAUUUUCGAUUAUAUCGAGAUAUCGCCCAAGCUUAGUUUAUACUCUUGUGUAGUCAACUCAUUUUCUUUAAUACUGUAUAGAAAACCAAACUUUGCCAUAAUUAAUGUUUUCAGGUGGGU